AGAAGAUCAAGCAUUAUUUACAUCGGGAUUGAUAGAAUUUUGUGUAAGUUAUUUGCUAAAAUAUAUUUAAAUAAGAGAAAAUUGAUUGGCAUUACAAAUAAUGGGGACUGUUGAGAAGGAUAACUUUCUCGAUAAUGAAGCGCUUAACGAAAUAACUACUGAAUUCAAGAAUAUAACUGAAGACCCAACACAAUUCCUACUUGUUUCGUCAUCAAAAAAGCAGGAAGAUAUAAAAACGUUGUUACAAAAAACGUAUCAAGCGUGUGUACGAAACGAUGAAAGUAGCAAGAAUGCGCUUGAAAUACUGCCGGAGUUGGUUGUGGAGGACAUGGAUGAAGAACAAAUUUGGCAACAGUUGGAGCUCCGCAACAAUACAAUACUAACAGCGUUAGUAGAAAAUGCCUCAAAGUUAUUGUCACUUAAGGAAGAGAAACUGGAGGUACGACUGGAUGAGGAUGAUAAUCAAGAAAUAGAAGAGGAGUUAGAGCAAAGUGAAAGCGAAGCGAAAGAUAAUUCGGGCGACGCCGAUUUAUUUAACGGCGAGGUCGAUGAUGAAAGCGAUGAAGAACAAAAAGUCUUUCAAAAAAAGCAAGAAGUCAAAAAGAAACGUAAGGGGCGCACAUCCGUGGUAGAUGAUAAAUUUUUUAAGUUAAGCGAGAUGGAAGCAUUUUUGGAGGACGAAGACGCUAAAGAGAUGCGACGAAAAAAUAAAAAGGGUGACAAUGCGCUCGAUGCAACGGUGGACUAUUUUGCGGAUGAUCUGGGUAUAGGGGAUGAAGAGGAGGAUGAUGAAGACGCGAAUCCAACAUACCAAGACUUUUUCGACGAAGAAGAUGAAGAUGUAGACGUAAGUCUUGAAAAACCUACCAAAAAGCAAAAGGAUCAUUUCAAAGAGGUGCCAAGUGAGGAUGAUGAAGAUAUGAGUGUAGAUGGAAAUGAAGAUGACGAAGAAGAAGAUGCUGAAGAUGACAGCGAGGAUGAAAAUAUGCAAAGUGAAGAUGAAAAUCCUGACAGUGAUAACGAAGUAAAAACUCGCAAUGAAGGUUUACAACCUGCCUCCUCAGGCACUGAUGAUUCCGAAGAUGAGGAAGAUCAUAAAGAACCAAUGCCACAAUCUUCAUUCGAAAUACGACAGGAGCGUUUGCAACAACGCAUACGGGAGUAUGAAGAGGAAGUUCUUGGUGAAAAACCAUGGCAAUUAAGAGGCGAAAUUCAAGCCACUAGCAGACCGGCGAAUUCACUACUUGAGGAGCUGCUGGAAUUCGAAUCAACCGUACGACCAGCACCUGUCAUAACUGAGCACACAACACGUUGCUUGGAAGAUAUCAUCAAGCAACGGAUUAAAGAUAAAGCUUGGGAUGAUCCGCAGCCGAAAUUAAAACCGUUACAAUCCCCACAUGAAUUCCGCAAACAAUUGAUAUUGGAUCAAGAAAAGUCUAAGGAAUCGCUAGCGCAAGUCUACGAAAAAGAAUAUCAAAAAGAAUUAGAUAAAUUCGAUCCAAAUCGUGCAGACGCUGGCGAGGAGGAACCGAAAGAGCAUAAAGAAAUUAAACAACUUAUGCGUGCACUAUUCGUUAAAUUGGAUGCGCUGUCGAACUUCCACUUUACACCGAAACCCGUGGCGCCUGAGGCCAGAAUCAUCACGAACACACCGGCAGUCAAUAUGGAGGAAGUAGCGCCAGUAGCUAUAAGCGAUGCUAAACUACUAGCGCCCGAAGAGGUCUACCGCGGACCGAAGAAUGAGCUGGUCGGCAAAACAGAACGUAAUCGUACGGAUAAGAAUCGCGAGCGCCGCAAGAAGAAGCAGAAGCAACGUGUUAUCAAUCGACUAUUGGACGAAAAGAGCAAGAAGAAGCAGGAGUUGGGCAUAGCGCCAACAAAGAAGGAGGAAAACGCCAAGCUGCUCAAGUCACUCACAAAGCAUCGCAAUGUCGAGAAGUUAAACACCACCAGCGACGAUCAGCGCGCAUUGAAGUCUUCCAAGUCGUUCUUCUCCAAAUUGCAGGACACCACCAGCGUGGCGGGCCAAGCGGCCAUAGCGGCAAAGGCCAAAAAGCAAAAAUCCACUGGGAAGACGUUGACAGCGAAAAGAGUGAAAUUGUAAUAACUCCUAUUGUGGACUUUGUUAAUAAUAAAGAAGUUUAUUUUAUUAUAUUACGU